AUGGUUUGCACUGCUAAUGAUUUGCAAGAGUGGAAAGAUUUCCCCAAGGGCCUUAAAGUUCUUCUCCUUGAUGAAGACAACAGUUCUGCUGCCGAGAUAAAAUCAAAGCUUGAGGCCAUGGAUUAUAUUGUUACUACAUUUUGCAAUGAUACCGAAGCGUUAUCAGCAUUUUCAAGCAAUCCUCAAAGUUUCCAAGUUGCAAUUGUUGAGGUAAAUGCAAGCAAUGGCCAUGGGGUUUUCCAAUUUCUCGAAACUGCUAAGGACUUGCCGACCAUUAUGACUUCAAACAUUCAUUGCCUAAGCACCAUGAUGAAGUGUAUAGCGCUUGGUGCAGUUGAGUUCCUGCGGAAACCACUCUCGGAAGACAAACUUAGGAAUAUUUGGCAGCAUGUUGUUCAUAAGGCAUUCAAUGCAGGAGGGAGUGCCAUCUCUGAAUCACUGAAGCCUGUCAAAGAAUCUGUAGUAUCCAUACUGCAGAUCAAACAGGAAACUGAAGAACAGAAAUGUAAAAUCUCAGUAGAAACAGAAAAUGUUUCCAGGGUUCAUGAAAGUGACCGUGAGCAGUCAGUAGGAAGUGAUAAGUACCCAGCUCCCUCAACCCCACAGCUUAAACAGGGAUCACGAUUACUCGCUGAUGGGGAUUGCCAAGAUCAAAUUAACUGCUUAUCAGAGAAAGAGAGUGGGGAGAAUGACAGUGAAUCUAAAUCAGUCGAAACUACGUGUGGCAAUCCAAUCGAUGAAGGCACAGUUCAAAUGAGUGAACCUCAAAUGACUCGGAAAAGGGUGGUUAAAGAGGAAAAUGACUCUGUUAAUGGGUCUCAGCACCCGCAUAAUAGAAACAGUGCCAAUGAUGUUGGUGGUGCUGCUGAAAAUCUGAGUAAAGCAUCUACUCCCAAUAAUUCAUGCAAAUCUAAUCGGAAGAAGAUGAAGGUAGAUUGGACGCCUGAACUGCACAAGAAAUUUGUGCAGGCAGUGGAACAAUUGGGUGUGGAUCAAGCCAUUCCUUCUCGAAUACUAGAGCUGAUGAAAGCUGAAGGUUUGACAAGGCAUAAUGUAGCAAGCCAUCUCCAGAAAUAUCGCAUGCAGAAGAGACACAUCUUACCCAAGGAAGACGACCGGAGAUUGCCGCAUCCUAGAGAUCCAAUUCAAAGGAGUUAUUAUCCUCAGAAUCAGAAGCCUAUCAUGGCCUUUCCCCCAUAUCAUUAUAAUAAUUCCUUAUCCAUGGCACCAGUCUAUCCUAUGUGGGGACAACCUGGCAGUCAACCAGCUGGUGUCCAGAUGUGGGGUUCACCUGGCUAUCCCCAGUGGCAACCAUCAGAAAGUUGGCAUUGGAAGCCUUAUCAAGGGAUGCAAGCUGAUGCAUGGGGUUGUCCUGUAAUGCCACCUCUGCAAGGUGGUUAUCCCUCUUAUCCUCAAAAUGCAGCAGGUUUUCACGCCGGUGUAGUUGAUAAUGGGUGCAGCAUGCAACAUAAUUCGUUUGACCUUCAUCCGGCAGAAGAGGUAGUUGACAAGGUUGUGAAGGAGGCAAUAAGCAAGCCAUGGCUACCACUUCCUUUGGGCCUUAAGCCUCCUUCCACUGAAGGUGUACUAGAUGAGCUAUCAAGGCAAGGCAUCUGCAACAUCCCUCCUCACAUCAACCGCUCUAACACCCCCUGA